GCUCAAGCACACCAAACAAUCAACCAUGGCUGAUCCCAAUGACACCCAACUAAGCGACGCCGUGACCAAAGAAUUCACGGCUGCUGGCUAUAAAGCCGACCAUAUAGCUACCAUACUUGCCAGACAGGAAUCCCUCAAGCAUGAAAGAGUUCGCGACCAGGAGACAUGGGUGACGAUCCACCGAGAGCAUCUGCUACCGGAAACAUUGGACGCGUACCAGCUUCCUUGGGAAUGGGACGAGGAGGAUCCCAACUACAUCAUCAUCAAGCAUUGGUUUUCGCGGGACGUGCAGGAGGAGCUGUUUGCGCAUACUCGGCGUUUGCGGAAACAAAGACUGGACGGGCUACAAGCCGAUCUCGGGGAUUACGAGUUAAUCGAGAAAAACAGAGAUCGGAAGAGACAUGAUGAGGUCCUUGGGUAUUUUAGAGGACGAGGACAGAAGCCGAAGAAACGUUAUGCCUAUGCCAAGGGUCGUGUAUAGCAUAUUGAGUGGAAGAAUGCAU